UGGUUGAGACCGAAGGGCGGAUCACGUCCUUAACGGCACCGCUGACUCGCUGUCGGAAUUAUAGUUAACGUUAAAAUUGCUACCUGUUUAAUUGCGGCUUAGUAUUAACUCAGUUGUUGCUUUUUAACGCCUAUUAUAUAUAAUAUGUCGGUUUGCGAACGGUCACUUCUUCUUUGAGGUUUUCCUGGCAACACGCAGAAUCCGGUAACAAUGCUAGGUGAUUGGCGCUCAUCAGCACCUGAAGCCACAACGUUCAUCCCUUUGUUUAAUCAUGAGCAUCCAAUCUGAGUGUGGAUGGAGUGUGUGAAUUGUGUAGAGCUCCGUGAGCUCAGGCCCUCGGGACAUGGCAUCGAAAACACUUCUUUCUGUAAUGAGGAAGAGGAAACCAGGGUAUGUGGUGUUAAUUCCAGGACAACAAGUCAACAUUUCCCCUCUGACAGUGGUGGGGGAACUAGCUCUCAGAUUCUUCAAGGAGAUGUUUACUCGGAUGAAGAACAAGAACCAGUCUAUGAAGAGCAUUCUGUUGAUUACAGCUUCAUGUUGGCAUUGGUUUUUCUCAUAAGUGGAAUUGUUUUAGUUGUCAUUGCCUAUAUCAUUCCACGGGAGGCUCAAAUAAAUCCAGACCAGGUUACAGCACGCCAGAUGGAAAAGUUGGAGAUGUACUAUGCGCAGCUCAGCUCUCACCUUGAUAAGUGCAUCAUUGCUGGACUUGGCUUACUUACUCUAGGUGGGAUGCUCUUGUCAGUUCUGUUAAUGAUUUCUCUAUGCAAAGGUGAACUUUAUCACCGCAAAAAAUUUGGCAUCUUAAGGAGAUCUAUGAAGUCUUAUGGCUCAAUAAACAUGAGGAUGGGACAGUUAGCAUCUGGAAACGGAAGUGAACCUAUCAUGGAGUGUUAUUCAAGCACAGAUACUUAGGAUGCACUUAGUGCUGAAGAAAAUCUAAGGCAACCUCAGUAGCACAAGCCCAAACAGUGCCUGCCACUCAAAUAGCCGAUUCCCAAAUGGCUCCUUACUUCUAUAGACUGUAAGUACACAAAGAACAAAUGUACAUGAAGAGACACUUUACUGAUAUAAAAAGUACCAUAUAUUUGAAUCUUAGCUGGAAUUAUAUAAGAUCAACUUGUAAAAGAAUACAAGAACACUGAAUAUAUGAAACUCUCCAGGGGUGCCAUGACCUACAGCGAUUACAUUUUUCCCUUCUACCAAACAAAAUGCAGCAUAUGAAAGUAUAUAUUAACUAUAAUAACUUGUAAAUAAUUUUAAAUUAGGUUUGUUAAAUUGGGUUUCAGACUGCUAUCUUUCAGAAAUCUUUCAUGUUGCCUUAACCAUUAUAAUCUGUCGAUUACAUUUCUGAAUUAGAAUAGGACAUUUAGAAUAGGCAAUUUAGAAAUUGUUUCAUUUGUUGUAGCCUCUAAUAUAUACAGCAGAGCAGAGCAUAACUGAUACACAGAUUUUAUAUGCAAGAAAUACAUAAAUGACAGCAUAGAAGCAUAUAUUCUGAAGUCACAAUAUUCACAUUUAUUAUACAAGUUUAAUAUACAUAGAAAAAUACAUUCUGAAAGAAUACAGUUGUGAAUAGUGAUAUAGUAACUACUUAAUAUUAUGGACACUUAAAUAAUCGAGAAGUAGCUAGUUAUGUUUGGCAUUAUGAGCAAGGGAUACACAAAACUAAAAUAUCUACCUAUAUCUAUAUCACAAGUCUAUAAUAGAUUAUAAUUAUGAAAUCUGAGACAGGUAUACUUGGCACACACACUAUAGAUUGAGCAUUUUUUGUUUAAUUAAUGGCCAAGUUUGAGUUUUUAAGAAAGUAGGCACAAAAUUGGUACAAUCAAGAGCAGAAGAAAUUAUAGAAGAGACUAUACUGCUUUCUCUCUCUAAUUAAUAUAUAUAUAUAUAAGCCUAAGCCUAGGUUGCAGUUUAUAUACUUGUGGUCAAGGUUUAAGAAGCACAGGGUUUUAAAAGGACUCUUUAUCAUGUGCAUGAAUUAAUUAACUGAAUAAUUAAAACAAAAAUCACUCAUUAAAUUGCACAGCAAAUCUUUUUUUAAAGUUCAGAAACUAAACCUUUAUUAAAAUGUAUGUUAUUAAUGUUUUUGUUAUCUUUAUUAUAAUGUAGAGUGAUUAACAAAGCAUUCUGUGUGAUGCCACUGCCAGAACACCAUAAAGGAUGCUCAGGAAUUUAGGACAAUAACAUGAUAGAAAUCCUGACAUCCAUUGAUUUAUUUCUUCUGGAUAAACUUUUUAAGCAAAAAAUGUUGUCUUUUCUUUUAAGCUCAUCUUUUAAAGUAUAUGAUGCACUCUGAUAUAAGAUCCUGUUUCUCCUUUGCAGUUGAAGAAGAGACUACAGCAUUUUUUCCAAUGUCCUUUGAGCUAGGGAUGUGAUAUAUUACCUAUAUGUUGGUAUGAUGUGAUGAUGAUAAUAUUAAAGAACAAUACCAGGUGAAAAUAUAAGCAAAUUGUAUAUAUACAUUGUUUUAUAUAUAUAUAUAUAAAAAGUCCUCAGUAAUGUACUUCUUAUAAAUCUGUUAAAAAAUCUUCUUGCCAUUCCACUGACCAAAUAGUUCAAUAGAUGCAUUGCCACUGUUACAUUUGUUGUCACUGUUACAUCCUUGAAAUUAUACUAUUUAAAGAAAAUGUAAAAUACAAAGUUGAUACAAUGAAAUAAUUAAAAUCAUAUUGGAUUGUACAGGUAUCAGACUAUAUAUGUUCCACAUUUAAUAUUAAAUUUGCUCAAAUAUAGUAAUGCCACAUUUAAGAAAUAAGGCAGAAAAAAAGAAAUCAUGGUAAUUUGGACAGUCUGUGUUGGUCUGAAAAGGGAUUCCUACCACUUGUAUUCAAAAAUGUCAUCACAUUUCAUAUUUUCUAUAUUUCACACUGAUUAUGUAAUAUAACAGACUCCAAAUAAACAUGUGAAUAUACAUACAAUUAAUAUCAAACUUUAUACAUAGUAGAGAAACAUUUAUAAAACUAUUUAACCAGACUAUAAUAUAAACAUGAUUUUUUUGUUUGUAUUUCAGACAACUUUAAUGUUCAUAAGAUGACAUUUUAACACAUUGUGUGGUGUACUUUAGAGAUUAUACUGUUAUAAUAAAUCAAGAAUAUAAAGUCAAUGUAUGUGUAGUUAUUGCAUUGCUGUUUGUUUGUUUCUAAUAAUUGAACAAAUGUUUGUUUGUCAAUAAAUUUAUAUGCAUUUGAAUGUU